CCAACUAUGUCUGACAGUAACACUGAAAGAGAGGCUUGUGAGGGACUAUUGGAAAUUGAACAGAAAAAACGAAGGCGUAAAUCGGUGAAACACUGUUGUGUACCGGGUUGUAACUACAACAGAAGUUAUGAACCAGACGAGAGACAGCCGGCUAUUUUUCACAGUUUCCCCAAAAACGAGUUGCUGAAGAAGCAAUGGAUGAGGAACAUUCGACGUCAGGUCCUGAGUCGGAAAGGUCCAAAUGUUCCCGCUUUCAACUUUACGAUGUCCACUAACAUGGUCUGCAGUGACCAUUUCCUACCAACAGAUUACGCAAAGUCUGAUACAGAGAGAAAACGGGGUCUGAAUAAAGGGGCUGUCCCUACAGUCUUUAAUUUCCAAGAUGCCCAAGUUGAUGAGAAAUCUCCCCAGAAAAAAACCAAACUGUCUACGUCUAAAGGUAAGUCUAGGAGCAACAGUGACGAAGAAGCAGACAGUGAGACACCUGACUGGGCUCUGUCCGAUCAUGAUUACAUGUCGGUUUCCGUCUCCAUCGAGGACCAGUUGGAGGCUGCAUGCAGGAGGAUUAAAACACUGGAGCAUCUUCUUGAAGAGGAAAAAAAGGCCAACUUCACUCUUGAACGCCUUGCCAGUAACGAUGCAAAAAUAUGCAAGUAUACCGGAUUUGAAGACUACGAGACUUUCCAGUCCAUGUUUGUCAAUUUACAACCCUCUGCCGAGACGAUGGCUCGAUGGGCAAAAGUCUGUAAACUUACUGGUACUGCGAUCAACAAUCUUGACGAUGGAUUCAAGACCGAUGAGCUGCCCAUUGUGGACCAGUUCUUCUUGUUUCUGACACGUAUGAGGUGCGCAUUCGACGAGGAUACCAUCGCAUAUCUUUUUGGUGUCUCACAACAGAUGGUGAACAAAAUUUCCAUCUCGUGGACACACUAUUUACAUUCGGUGCUGGGUUCCGCAACAGUUUGGCCAACUCGGGAUGCCGUGAAGAAGAAACUGCCCAAGUGUUUUAAAGUCCUUUACCCCAACACCAGGGUGAUCCUCUUUCGGCCUGAGAUUAAGGUACAGACCUUCAGCCCUAAUGUGUCGGAUGCUACGUGUUCCUCCGGCAUGGUGACGAAAACCUACAAAAGCAUUGUUGGUAUCAGCCCAAAUGGUGCUGUUGUUUUCGUGGGCAAGCUGUUCCCCUACCACACGUGUGACAAAGACAUCUGUGUGGUCAGUAAACUGAUAGAUAGGAUAGACGAAGGUGAUGAGGUGAUGGUCUUGGGCAAGGGAUUCAAUAUAGAGGGUCUGUUGAAGACGAAGAAAGCGACCGUCGUUUUUCUUCCCUUUCUUAACCAGGACAAACCAACCAGCUAUGCUUCCAGCCUGGUGGCACAUGUGGAGAGAGUGAUCGCGCGGGUGACAGAGUUUAAGAUUCUGCAGGAACCCAUUCCUCCCAGUUUAGCCUGCUGUGCAGGCCAGUUGUGGAAUGUCUGUGCAUUGCUGACAAAUUUCAGAGGACCAGUUUUGUUAACAUGAAAAGAUUACUUUGGAAAACGACUGCAUUACAUAUGCUGAUGCACUGUUUGAACAUACAUGCAUUUUUUAAAACGGUUCAAAUUGAGAAAGAAAAACUUAGUCAAACAAUAAGUUUUCAUUAAAAAUAACAACAAAUAAAAUUUGGAAACUAU